AUGAAGUACUCUACUGCCCUCCUCGCCGUUGCCGCCACCACCGUGGCCGCCGUGCCCUCCAACUCCAAGCGCAGCCAGUGCACCUUUGGCACCUACGCGUGCCUGACAGACGACUCGGGCAUCCAGAUCUGCGACAUUGAGGGCAACUGGGAGCUCGUGGGCCCGUGCCCCAGCGGCACCUCGUGCGAGUAUCUGCCGCAGAACGGCUUCGACCUGCCCUUUUGCACGUCGAACCCGACCACCACCGCGACGCCGACGCCGACGCCGCUCAACGGCAAGGCCAAGGCCAAGCGCGGUGCCGACGGCGGCGCCAACUACAACUGGUGCCCGACGCCUGGCACGUACACGUGCGACGGGUGGAACGCCAUCCAGGUGUGCAACACGACCAACGGCCUGGAGAAGGUGGGCAACUGCCCGUCGGGCUCGCACUGCAGCUACAUCAACAACAUUCCCUACUGCGUGGAGUAA